AUGUAUAAUCUUCUUUUCACUCUUCUCUUCGUGCGAGAGGCCUUCUCAUCAUCUUGCGACGCAGAGCCUUUAGUUCUCCCCCUACAAGACGUCCAAGUCCUUUCAGAUGUCCCCAACUCAUUCGUGAAAGGAAUUCCGGCCAAAAUUGGAACCCCAUCUCAAACCCUCGUUCUUUUACCUUGGGCUGAUUUGAACAAUACAUGGAUAUACGCCGACCCAUUUUGCAAAGACUCAGGUAUCCCCAACGACGAAUCAUGCAAGGUCCGAAGAGGCGGGAUAUUUAACGAAGAGAAAUCCACGAGUUUCAAAGGGGCAAGGGAUAUCGUCAAGGCAGGCGGUGCACCAAACGAAACGUUCUUCAAAGGCGGGCAAUACGGUGUUCGUAACCUCGUGAAAAGCGCAAACGGCGCAGUUGACACGUUCAGCUUCGAAGGUUCAGUUGAUCUCGACGACUUUUCAUUUGGUAUACCGACGAGUAAAUGGGAUGAUACAUACAGCACUUUAAGCCCCCUUGGCCUAGGACGCAACUCAACGUAUCUCAACGCCUUGCGCAAAGCUGGAAAGAUUGGUUCGCGAGUAUGGUCUAUCUUCUGGGGCCGUAUGUGGCUCAAGGAACCUCUUGAUGGAUCUUUGGUUCUGGGUGGUUAUGAUGAGAAGAAAGUCGCCGGUGACAAUUACACUGCGCCGCUUGUGUAUGGCGAUUUUGAUGGCUCGGAUGGAUGUUGGACUGGUAUGAAGGUGACUUUGACUGAUAUCCAGAUUAACUAUCUUGGCGGAACGAAUGUUAGCAUCUUUCCUAAGGGGACUACACUGCAGUGUUGUAUCGACCCAGCGAAUCACUUACUGCUAGAGGCACCUACGCCGUAUGUUCGGAAUUUUGAGUCUAUCAGCGGUUUGAAGACGAAUUACUCGUCUAGUGGACUGCACUGGAACGCUCUUCAGACAGGCCUGGAUAAGCAAUUCCUGGCAGACCUGACCUUCCAUCUCGAUUCUGGCCUCAAGAUCCGCGUCCCGAAUAACCAAUACAUGAUUCCCACGGUGGACAUCUCUUCCAACGGCUCACGAACGACCGAUUCAUCCAAACGCGACAUUCUCAUAACAGAUGUCGAAGACGAACCACCGAUCCUCGGGCGAUAUUUCCUCACAGCAGCGUAUCUCAUGGUCAGUCACGAUGCUGGGACCUUUACGCUCUGGCAGGCGAAUGCCACUCGGGAAAGAAGCCUGGUGAGAGUAUUUGACGAAGAGACGGGGAAGAAGUGCGAGAAUACUACGGACACAUACUACUUUUACCCUGCGCACGAGGAGUUGCAAAGAGCGGAUAUAUACGAGAUGGAUGGAAACCCAAGAGCCGACGACGAGUCCUACAUGAAAGCUGGAAUAUGA